CGUCCUUCCGGCGGGGCUUCUCCCUCAUUGGGUGGCCCAGGGCUUGCGUGGGCAGUCAGCCGCGCAGCACCCCCGCGGCCGCUCUAGCCGCUGGUCCAAGCUCUGGCCUAGUCAUUUUGGCUCGAGCUCUCUAUGGUGCUGGCGACAUGUGGCGCCUGUCGGGACUCCUGGGCCGAGCUCUUCCCCGGCUGCUGGGACCUGACUUACGGGUGGUGACCCCCAAGCCCACCAGCCCAGAUGGGCCCCAGACAACCUCCUCCUCCUUGCUGGUCUCUGUGCCCACUAUUGACAGGUCAGGCUCUCACGGCCCAAGUACAAGCAGGGGCCCAAAGUCCCACGGAUGGAAGGAUGCCUUCCAGUGGAUUUCUGCUUGCAUCUCCCCACAUACCUUGUGGGAUGCUGUCUCAUGGGGCACUCUGGCCGUGCUGGCCCUGCAGGUGGCAAGAUAGAUCCACUUCCAGGAGUUCCUGCCCACAGGGCCUCGGCAAGCAGAACGCUGCUCUUGGCGCAGUCCCCUGGACCGUUUCCUCUCAUCUCCCUGGUGGCACCCGGACUCCUCUCUGAGGAGGCAUGUUCUCCCUGGCCCCAAAGGCCCAGCCCCCAGGCACAUUGGCCUCAGAGAACCCAGGCUGGGCCAGGAAGAGCCCUCAGCUCAGCCUAGGAGCUUCUCGAAUAGCUCCUUGAGAAUAGCUGGUCCUCAGGAGCCCUCUCACGAAGUACGUCCUCUCCUGGAAUCUGCAGAAGGUCCCGGUAAUUUUGGCUUCCUGGAUGCCGGCAGUAGCUUUGAGUCCAGGGCAAAGCCAGUCCAGCCUCAGCACCCUGGUGAAAAGAAGGAACAAGAUAAGUCAAAAACUCUUUCCCUCGAGGAGGCAGUAACUUCCAUUCAGCAGCUCUUCCAGCUCAGUGUUUCCAUUGCUUUCAACUUCCUAGGGACAGAGAACAUGAGGAAUGGGGACUACAAGGCAGCCUUUUCUUACUUCCAGAAAGCUGCAGACCGUGGCUACAGCAAAGCACAAUACAACAUGGGCUUGUGUCACGAGCAUGGCAGAGGCACCCACAGGGACCUCAGCAAGGCAAUCUUUUAUUACCAGUUGGCUGCCAGCCAGGGCCACAGCCUUGCUCAGUACCGCUAUGCCAGGUGUCUGCUGCAAGCCCCAGCCUCCUCUGGGGACCCUGAGUGGCAGAAAGCACUGUCCAUGCUGAAACAGGCUGCAGACUCCGGCCUGAGAGAGGCCCAAGCCUUCCUCGGGGUGCUUUUCACCAAGGAGCCACACCUGGAUGAGCAGAGAGCAGUGAAGUAUCUUUGGCUUGCAGCCAGCAAUGGGGACUCACAGAGCAGAUACCACUUGGGAAUUUGCUACGAGAAAGGCCUUGGUGUGCAGAGGAAUCUGGGAGAGGCCGUGAGGUGUUACCAGCAGGCAGAAGCUCUCGGAAAUGAGCCUGCCCAGGAGAGGCUGCGGACCCUCUUUUCCACAGAGGCAGCAGCCCCCAGGCCCAGCCACCUGGCAGUUACAGGACCGAAGUCUUUCUCCAGCCCCUCCCUCUGCAGCCUGAACUCCCUGCUGGCUGGCCCCUCAGGCGUCCCUCAUGCAUCGAGCACUGGGAACCUCGGCCUCCUGUGCAGAAGCCGGCAUCUCAGGGCCAGCCCAGGAGCCCCCAGCAGUGCUAUCCCCCACUUGGAAAGAAGUCUUGUAAGACUGGGUUUUGGCUAAGACCUCUCCUCAGCUCUAACGAUGGAGCCUUUGAAUUCUCAGGAUAUCACAACUUGAAUCCCAAAGAAGCCAGUUAUCCACUCACCAUCCCAAAAACCUUUAGUAUCCCCCACACACCAUAAAGAGGAGGAGGUUUGUGGAGAUCUGGUUCUGGUUCCACCACUUGCCUGGCCAUGUUACCUUGCAACAGUGACCUGAUUCACUAACAUCAUUUCCUCAGUUAUAGACCCAGGGCAGUGGUGUGUGCCCUCCUCCUUCACAAGACUGACACUGGGCAUUUCAUGGCAGAAAGGACCUCGGUGCUUGCUUAGGCUCCUGGAGGCAGAGUGAUGUCAGAGAUCGUGUGGCCUCAUGAGACUCCAGGCCAUUAUGUGAACCCAGGCUUCCUGCCUCCCAGCUCAGGCCUCUGUUCUACUGCUCCCACUGUCGUUUUAUGUGAAAGCAUCAAUAUCCUACCAAUAAGGGAGGAAAUGGAGAUUGGGCAGCUGGAGUCUUGGAGAUGGAGAGUGUAGAUUGUGAGUCCUCAUUUGGGAAAGGUGAGCCAGAAAUACACGGGCAUUUAAUAAAACAGAUAGUGGAUUAUCUCAUCACUCUUGCCCUCGAGUGUGUUAGUGAGAGCCAGGCGAGCAGGGGGAGCUGAAAGGCAAGGCUCCAUCCUCAUCUCUAAACUCUCCAUUAACCAAUUUAAGGGGUCUUAAAAGCUUCUCCAGGAGAGAGACUUUGGAAAAAAAUGAUUUCUGAGUCAACGCUAAUGAUUCCAAUUACUGAAUUUGUGAAUAGCUGUUCCCCUGGCUUCUGGAUGUUAUCCCAAGUUCAAUAGUGUAGCUAUGGUUGAGGGGAGAGGAGGGAGGGACUGAGGACCAGCCCCUUGGGUGACUGAGUGGAAGAAGCAGCCAGCUUGGCCAGUUCAGAGUGGGAAGAUUUGGGGGAAUGUUGUCCCCUUUCCCUCUCUGCUGCCAGCCCCUCCUGUCCCAGUCCUGAAGGAGGUGCUUUCUACACUUUCCUAGCACCUUCCUCACACUGGAGCCCCAGGGCCUCCUCUGCCUUUGUCCCAGGGCCACCCUGCACACUGUGCUCACCCUCACCGUUUGCUCACUCAGCCACCUCCCACCGAUGGUACUCCUUGUAGCAGGAACCCCAUCUAUGUAUUCCAGGAUCUCAGCACCUAGCACAGUGUCCUGGGCAGUGUAGGGGCUCGGUGCUGUUUUAAACUAUGCAGGGCACUAAUCUCUUAGCCAAAAAAAAAAAGGUUUCUGUGGUCAAAUUAGUUUGGGAAACACUGCACUAGAUAUCCCCUUUUUAUAGAUUCACAGAGCAUGUCAGCAUAUUCCAGGUUCCAAGAAGUCCUGCAGUAAGAACAUGGUUAACCCAGCGUGUUCCUCACUGGUCUGAGAUAGAGCCUGCCUCCUUCCUGGGCACCCUUGGAAAUGUCCACUUCCUGUCCUGGUGGCACCACACUUAUCAGUCGCCUCACCACCUGGGCAUUUUGGGCUCUGAUUCCUGCUUCCACACACUCCGGACAGUGGACUUGCACGCCUGUGGUGAUGGCCCUGUACCACUGUCCCUCCUGUUCAGCCACUGCCGGGUUGAACAUGCCCUCAGUCUAGGGAGCCUGAGGUAGAAUGGAAUAUUUCUAAGCAAUCCAAGCUAAGGAAGAAGAGCCUCUCCCUGUGGAGAGGGAAGGGUGGAAGUUGAAAAGAUAUGUUGUCAGGGCCAAAAAACUCAUGGCUGUGCAGUCACUGUGGUCUUGAUUCAGCCAAAGGGGACUGGCCUGUGGGCAGACCGGGGCACUGCUGUGCUUCUGCCAUUAAAAUUCUUUUAUUAACAACCUCCCAUUAGUUCCCUGAGGGGAGAUGUGGGAGGAGGACAGGAGGUGGCCCCACAUCGGGCCAGCCUAGCUCAGGAUUCUGGCAGACCUAAGGAACAGGGCGUGGGCCUUUAUCCAUGAGACCUUUGAACCAAGCUCUAUUGCCUCAGUUUCCCUAUCUGGAGAAGUUCUUUCCAGGGACUUGACGCCAUGGUGGAAACAAGGCCAUUUCAUUCAUUAGAUUUCCAAGCCAGUACAUUGCUGGGCACUUAGCAGAUGUUCAGUAAAUACUUGUUUAACAAAUGAGAGAUUAUGUGUACCACAUAUAUCGACCCAAUGCCCAGCACCAAGCCUACCCAGAACAUAGUAAGUGCUUUAAAUAAUUCUGAAUGAAUGACUCUGAAUACCCCUCCCUCUCCCCCCAAUUUUGAUCCUUAUACUUUGGCACUUAGCAGUUAUUCCAUAAAUAAUAAACAUAAAACGUUUGUUGAAUGUUUAUGAUGAUCCCCUUCCAUUAUAUCAAUACCUAGUAGGGGCUGGAAAGCCCUGAGCUACUUUCUAGGUACACACUGUGCCAGGCUGAGCCUAUGCUAAGACUCGCUCUUCCCCCAUCUUAUCCUUUUGGGAUUUGGUUCUCUCUAGAGUCCCAAGGGUAGUAGCUGCCAUCUCAUUCUUGUUUCAGCAGAGGAAAGGUAGGGUCAGUGAGCUGCCAAGCUGAAGUUGGGUGACAGACAAGGAAGCUGCCUGUCAAUCUCCUAGCUGCCCCCAGGCUUGGAGUAAGCUCUGCAUUGCACUACUGUUGCUGAAGAAUGGCUGACUAUUGAUAAGAAAUGUCUCUCUGUGCUUUCCAAAUGAAGACAUUUAACUGA